UCUCGGCUGUAGCAUACGUUGAAGACAUUGGGUUUCAUCCCGAAACCCUCAUGGAGCCGAACCCAAUACAGGAGGUGGUCCCCUUCUACGAGAGUGCAAGCGAGAUAUUGGAUCUGAAGGAGAAGAAUAAACAUGGGACUCAGUUCCUUGAACUAUCCUUCCUUUUGGAUCACAUGAGAGCGCGAAAAGCGACUGAUCCCAGGGACAAAGUGUACGCUAUACUUGGACUCGCCGAUCAUGAGAUUUAUGACGUGCCUGUCGACUAUCGUCUGCCUUUUGAAAAGGUGAUGACGAACGCGGUGCUCGCAAUCUUCAAGGAAGAGGAAUGCCCGGUCACAUUCGGGCUCUGUCAAAACCCAGAACGGGACCACGAUGUUCCUUCUUGGGCGCCAAAUCUGUUGGAGGAGUGGAAAGCCCAGCCUUUUCGGCUUUUCAAUACCGGCGGACAUAUCAGUGGAACGCCACGAAUGAAAGUCGAGGGCGAAACACUCCUUACGGAAGGAAUCUUCUGGGAGACCGUUGACCUGGUCUGUGAUACGGUCGUUCCCAACGAUUCCACCACCGGCCAGCUAGACGCUGUGAUGGAGGCUUGGCAACAGUUUGUUGAUGAAGCCGCAGAAAGAGAGGAUCUCCAGAGUUAUGCCAUCGAGUAUCUUCAGAACAAUCUGGCGAGCGAGUACGAGUACCCCACAGAAGGAUGGAAAGAGUUUCUCUCCCUGGAUAGGAUCCAGGCAAAUCGUUACGGGGACCCGCCGAAGACGGCAAAAGAAGUGGAUGAGUACCAUAACAUGCUGGAUCUCAAGGCCGUCCGAUCGCAACUCGUGGACCCCGCCUUCAAGUAUGACCCGUAUGGGCACGACCUGAUACGGAAGAAUCUGGUUCGCUAUGGAACCGGUCGUCGACUUGGACUGUCAACGCAGGGUUUCAUCGGGCUUUUCCCUGCGGAUGUGCAAGAAGGGGAUAGCAUUGCCUUGGUGGUAGGGGCACCGCUCCCAAUCGUUCUAAGACAUGUGGGAGGUGGUGAACAUGUCCUUGUGGAUGAAGCAUGGAUGCCAAUGGUCGCCGGAGAUGAGCUGGAAGAGAGUCCUAGGGUGACCAUCCGCAUCGUGUAGUCUUAGUCCGCACCAUGAGAUACAGAUGGGCGGUAACGAUACAGAUAUGACGAAAUUCAAUGGCACUCCAAUCUUUCCCUAAGAGGUGUCUCGUGUCACGAAGAUGUCGGGAGUUUGCGAGGCUAUGCGCUCGGCCGGCAUUUUGUAACGAAGGACUUGACAGAAAAAAACCAAAAUUGCACAAACCGAUUUGAAGAUGCAACAAGUGCGAUGAGAUGGAGACAGACCAGACGAGAAC